AGCGGAGUCUGGGGUCCGCGGAGGCACCUGCGUCCGCGGCUGCGCGCGCCCCGCCAGCGGAGUGACCUUGGGCCCAGCAUGCACCUCCUGGGUGCCUCAGUUUCCCUGUCUGUCAGACGAACUGUGGGGCUCAUCAGGAUUCUACAGCUACCACCUCCACCCCAUGCGUGGGGCUACUUGCCUCCCCCGUUUCAUAAAAGAUGAAGCAGACCAGAGAGGUGAAGGUGCUGGCCCAAAGUCACACAGCAGGUAACAUCAGGAUUUGCACCCAGGUCUUUCUUACCCCAAAGCCCAUGCUUUGAAUCACUACAGGGACCCCACCUUGCCACGGGCUCUUUAUUGUACACCUACUGUGUAUGCGCUGUCCCUGUCCCAUACAUCACCCCAUUUCACAGAUGAAGAAACAGGCUCCAAGAGGGAAUGAGACUUGCUCAAGUCACAGAGCCCAGCCAGGCAGGGCCAAGGCCUGGGUGUGAGCCCAGAGGGCCGGGGUGCAGGGUUCCCCCCUCACUCUGUCCUGCCCCCCAGGUGACUCUGUUUGCAGCAGACAUGUCCGAAGAGGAGGCAGCUCAAGCUCCCAGCCCAUGGGAGGAGCAGGACCAGCAGAACGUGGUACAGCGCGUGGUGGCACUGCCUCUGGUCAGGGACACGUGUACCGCGGUCCUCGAUGCUUACAGCCUGACCAAGGACAGGCACCCGCUGCUGGGCUCCGCCUGCCGCCUGGCUGAGCACUGUGUGUGCAGCCUGACCACCCGGGCGCUGGACCAUGCCCAGCCGCUGCUCCACCACCUGCAGCCCCAGCUGACCACAGUGAAUGACCUCGCCUGCAGGGGCCUGGACAAGCUGCAGGAGAAGCUGCCCUUCCUCCAGCAGCCCUCGGAGACGGUGGUGACCUCAGCCAAGGACGCGGUGGCCAGCAGUGUCACAGGCAUGGUGGGCCUGGCGCGGCGGGGCCGGCGUUGGAGCGUGGAGCUAAAGCGCUCCGUGAGCCACGCCGUGGACGUGGUGCUGGAGAAGUCUGAGGAGCUGGUGGACCACUUCCUGCCCAUGACGGAGGAGGAGCUAGCGGCGCUGGCAGCCGAGGCUGAGGGUCCAGAAGUGGGCUCCGUGGAGGAUCAGAGAAAGCAGCAGGGCUACUUUGUGCGUCUGGGCUCUCUGUCGGCACGGCUCCGCCACCUGGCGUACGAGCACUCUCUGGGGAAACUGAGGCAGAGCAAACACCGCGCCCAGGACACGCUGGCCCAGCUGCAGGAGACGCUGGAGCUGAUCCACCUCAUGCAGUGCGGGGUGACCCCCACUGCCCCGGCCCGCCCCGGGAAGGUACACAAGCUGUGGGGGGACUGGAGCCAGCACCCUUUGGAGAACGGCUGCCGCCGGAGCCAGGCAGAGCUGGAGACGCUGGUGUUGUCGCGCAGCCUGACCCAGGAGCUGCGAGGCACAGUGGAUGCGCUGGAGGCCAGCGUGCGGGGCCUGCCCCCCAGCGCCCAGGAGAAGGUGGCCGAGGUGCGGCGCAGCGUGGACGCCCUGCAGGCCGCCUUCGCAGACGCCCGCUGCUUCGGGGAUGUGCCGGCGGCCGCGCUGGCAGAGGGCCGGGGCAGCGUGGCCCGAGCGCACGCCUGCGUGGACGAGCUGCUGGAGCUCGUGGUGCAGGCCGUGCCGCUGCCCUGGCUGGUGGGGCCCUUCGCACCCAUCCUAGUGGAGCGGCCCGAGCCCCCACCCAACCUGGCGGCCCUCGUGGACGAGGUCGUGGGGAGCCCCGACCCCCGCUGGGCACAUCUGGACUGGCCAGCCCAGCAGAGGGCCUGGCAGGCCCAGCACGGGAACGGGGACAUCUGUGAGGGGGAGCCCGAGCCCCCCAGCCACCCCACCAAGCACACCCUGAUGCCCGAGCUGGACUUCUGACCGCGGGCACUCCCACGCCGAGGUCCCUGCUGCCCCUGGUGGCCGGGCAUGAGCACCAGGCCGACGCCUUGGCUUCGCCGCAGGGGACCUCCCUUGAACGUAGUGAAAGAGGCCCCGACAACAGCAGGGACUUUAGCCCGGAGCUGGGCUCUUCACUCUGUCCCGUCCCCAUCCCAAGAAGCUGAUGGAAACUCCCCCAAGAAACACACAGAAGUUUUGCCCAGUGGCUUCUAUUUGGGGCUUUGAAAAGUGAGCCGCCCUCCUCCCCACUCUAGUUUGACUAUCCGGGACUGAGGAGUCCCCCCAGAGACGCCCGCUGUGCCAGACCCACUUCCUUUGCCUUUUAGGGUUUGUGCCCCAGAAUAAAGGCGCUUUGUGUCAUCCA